AUGUCGCGAAACAGGUACGACAGCGGUGAUUUAGGAUUGGGAUUUGGUUUGAAACCUGGAUCGCUAAUCAUUCCUGAUUCAAUCCUUCCGGAUUCAAACCUUGACAGCUGCGCUAACACUAACAGUGACUCUGUUGUCGUUGAUGGGGAUAAAAAUGGUGAAAUGUCGUCGUCAUCUUCAGAUGCUGAUGAGUUUAGUAGUAGAUCUACAAAAAAAGUUGAAGAAGUUCUAAAUGUGAAUGGCGGAAAAUCAAAUUCAAAAUCUUUUGAAGAUUCUCUCAAAAAUCAUUCAACUUUGUCAAUUUAUAUUCAAAAGUUUCAGAGCGAAAGAUCUAUGGUUUGUUUAAAAGCAAAAAUUCAUCAGGAGAUUGAUUCAUUAAAUCAUGAACUUGAAUCUGUAAAACAACAGUUAACAUCAAAAAAACAGGGCAUUAGAAUUCUUCAGCAAGAAUUGCAAGCAUCCAAACUUGAAAAUGAACAUUUGAAAUCAAAGUUAAAAUGGCUGCAGGACAUUCUCAUUAAGGAUUUUAACAGCUUACAAUUCAAUGUAGCCAGAGAGAGGCUUGUUAUGAAUGAGAAUAAAGAAUUCUACCAAAGUAAACAUGAGAACACUCCAUCUAUUCAAACAUCAUUGAGUCGUGCCUCUGCUGCCUAUUCAAAUGCCAGUUGCUGUGUCAAUCAAACAACGACACCAUUUAUUAACGGGGUUUUAGAUUGCAGUUGCCACUGCUUCGACUACAAGAGAUGUCCUUGUGCCAAAAUUGCCGACCAACUACACCAGCAGAACAAGGCUCUCAUAACGAAGUUAACAACAUGUGAGAACAUUGAUGCAGACGAGAGCAACACUCAGCAAGAGGCCAACACCACAGAUAACAACGAUACCAUUUCGACAAGCAACAACACUGCAACAACAAUCGACAAACCAACACAAAACAACAGCAGCAGAACGUUUAAAAAAAUAAUUCAUGAGAAAAUCAAUUUACGUUAUAAGAGCUGA